AUGUUUAAAUCCAAUAAACAUAAAUACGAUAAGGAAAGAAUAUUUGCAAUUGAUGUAACAGGAAAUGCAGAGAAUGAAGUGUUUCCAACAAAUUUUAUUAAGACAUCUAAAUAUAAUAUUGUAACAUUCUUACCACUUUCUUUGUUGGGUUAAUUUAGGAGAUAUGCAAAUAUUUAUUUUUUGUUUAUUGCCAUAAUUCAAAGUUUUCCAAUUAUAUCACCCUUAAAUCCAAUAUCAGCAAUAGCUCCACUAGUAUUUGUAUUAGGAUUAUCAAUGAUAAGAGAAGGUAAAUUAUCAAUUUGAUAAAAAAGCAAUGGAAGAUAUUAGUCGACAUAAAUCUGAUAACGAAGUAAAUGCUAUGGAUUGUACAAAAAUAGUGAAUAAUAGAAAAGUUAAAACAACUUGGGCAGAUCUAAAAGUUGGUGAUUUAUUAUUUAUCUCUGAAAAUGAGAUGUUUCCAGCAGAUAUUAUAGUCUUAAGCAGCCAUUUUGAAAGUGGGGCUUGUUACAUUGAAACAUCAUCAUUAGAUGGCGAAAAGAAUCUUAAACCAAAAUCUGCAAUAAAAGAGACUUAAACCUUAUUUCAGUAUAGAGAGAAGGAAUAGAAGAUUUAAAUGAGUUUGAACAAAAGUGAAUAACUGAAAGCUCAAGGUAAUCCUCCAACAUCUGUACUAGGGGAUUUUGAAGGUUCAAUUCAUUUUCCAAAUGGAUCAAAAAAGUAUAGAGUAAAUAAUUAUCAAGAGUUUUGAAUGGAAAGUAAUUAUUAUUGAGAGGGGCAUUUUUAAGAAACACAAAAUUUAUAAUAGGGGUUAUAGUUUAUACAGGAGAAGAUACUAAAAUAAUGAGGAAUGCAGAACCCUCUAGAAUAAAAUAAAGUAGUAUUGAGAAUACAAUGAAUAAAUUAAUAUUGGGAAUAUUAGGUGUAUAAAUAAUAGCAUGUGCUUUAUCAGCUAUUUUGUGUUCAUGGUGGUUACAUAAAUCAUUCAGCUAACAUAUUUAUAUAAUUCUUGAAGAAAAAAAUUAUACUUUGUUAUCAUCAAUCGCCUUUUUUUCAUUCUUUUUACUUUACAAUACUAUGAUUCCAAUUUCUUUAGUAGUUUCAAUGGAAUUUGUUAAAGUUUUCUAAUGUUAUUUCAUAAAUAAAGAUUAAGAUAUGUACUCUUAAAAAAGAGAUAAAUUUGCAAGAGCUUAAACAUCUACAAUAAAUGAAGAAUUAGGUUAAGUUGAAUAUGUUUUCUCUGAUAAGACAGGAACACUGACAUGUAAUUAAAUGGAAUUUAAAUAUUGUAUAAUUGGAGACAUAUUGUAUGGGAAAAGUGAUAAAAAUAACAAUGUAACAACAGCAAAUUCAAAUAAUAAUGUACAACAUGAUCCUUCAUAAUUUAAACAUUCAAUUUUUAAUUUUUAGGAUCAUAUAUUAACAGGAAUAAUUGAAGGUAAUGCAGAUUGUUAAAGAUAAGCAGAUUAAUAGAGAUAAUUAAUUAUAUAAUCAAAUGAUAAAAAUGUAAGUCUAGAAAUUAGAACCUAAAAGUAGUUAAUUGAUGAAUACUUAAUGUUACUUAGUAGUGCUCAUGAAUGCAUUGCAUAGAAAGACAAAAACUCUUAAAUUACAUAUUAAGGACCUUCUCCAGAUGAAAUCACAUUAGUUGAUGCGGCAAUGAAUUUAGGUUUUAGAUUUGAAGGAUAAUCUGCAAAUGAAUAGGAUGUAAGAUAUAAAUUAAAUAUAGUUUACAAUCUUAGGAAAAUAAAAAAAAGUUGAACUUUUACAAUAAUUUGAAUUUGAUUCUAAUAGAAAAAGAAUGAGUGUUAUUAUCAGAGAUAAUGGAAUUUAUAAAUUGUAUAUAAAAGGAGCAGAUAGCAUAAUUAAAGCUAGAUUAAGGCCAGAUUAACCAUUCUUAGGAUUUAUUUAAAAUAAAUUGUAAGAGUUUAGUACUAUUGGAUUGAGAACUUUGUUGAUGGCAAUGAAAAUAUUAUCAGAAUAAGAAUAUUUAGAAUUUGAGAGAUAAAAGGAAGCUUUGGCUUCAUCAGAUAAAAGAGAAUAAGAAAAAGAAGAGUUAGCAAAUAACUUAGAAAAAGAUUUAUAUUUAUUAGGAGCAACAGCAGUGGAAGAUAAGUUACAGGAGGAGGUUCCUGAAACAAUUGCAGAUCUAUUAAAAGCAAAUAUCAAAGUUUGGAUGCUUACAGGAGAUAAAUUAGAGACUGCUGAAAAUAUUGCUAAAAGUUGUAAGUUAAUAUAGAGUGAUUUUAUAAUAAUGAAAUAUUCGGAAACAGAUCUUAAUAAAUUAAGAGUUUAAUUAUCAGAAAAUAAAUUAACAUAUUAAGGUUGUAUAAAAGAGAAGAAAAAGAAAUCAAUAUUGGUUGAAGGUGAAUCCUUACUUAUUUUGACUGGCAAUUAAUAAUUAAAGAGAGAAUUUACAAAAAUGGCUAUGGGUUGUGAUAGUGUUGUAUGUUGUAGAGUAACUCCUAAACAAAAAGCAGAAGUAGUUCAUUUAGUUAAAGACUUAAACAAAAUUACAUUAGCUAUAGGAGAUGGUGCUAAUGAUGUAAAUAUGAUAUAAGAAGCACAUAUUGGGAUAGGUUUAUAUGGUAAUGAAGGUAUGAGAGCUGUUUAAAGUAGUGAUUAUGCUUUAGGAGAAUUCAGAUUUUUAUGGAAACUUUUAUUAAUUCAUGGUAAUUGGUCAUAUAUUAGAAUUUCAGAAAUGAUUCUCUACUUUUUCUAUAAGAAUAUGAUAUUCACUAUACCUUAAUUUUUAUAUUCUUUUUACAGUGCUUACAGUGCUUAAACUUAUUUUGAUGAUUGGUAUAUCACAUUUUAUAAUCUCUUUUUUACUUCACUUCCAUUAAUUGCAAGAGCAACCUUAGAUAGAAGUGUCUAUUAUAAAAUUAAUAUAAGAAAUGAAGAAUACUCAGAUAUCUAUAAAAAAUCGACUUUAUAUCUCAAAGGCAAAUUUCCAUAUCUUUAUUAAGUUGGUUAAAAAUAAACAAUUUUUACUUUAUCAAAUUUCAUAUUUUGGUGGGGUUAAGGAUUUGUACAUGGCUUAUUAGUUUUUUUUAUUACUUAUGCGUGUUUUGACACAGAAUUAGUUAAUAUCAAUGGAUAAAAUGCUGGUUUUGCUACCCUUUCCAUCACAGCUUACACUGCUAUUAUAUUUGUAUCUUAUUUUAUUUUAUUUAUUAGAUUGUUGAUUUUAAAAUUGCAAUCUACACUAAAUUUUGGACUUGUAUUAAUGUAGUUACCCUUCUCUUUUUAUCUAUUGGAAUUUAUAUUGCUUACUUCUUUAUCUCCAACUUUUUUAGAGGUACUUAUUCAGAAUUUACUCCUAUUUACUUAAUUCAAUCUCCAAAUUUUUAUCUAAUUAUUGCAUUACUAAAUUCUGUAGUAUUUAUAUUUGAUUUGGUUAUUAAUGCUAUUUUACAUGAAUUUUAUUCGACUGAAACUGAUAAAAUUAUUAAGUGGAGAAGAGAAUUCAAACAAAUAGCAAGAGAAGGAAAUGUUUUGUAAAAAAUUGAAAUGCUACAAUAAGGCAAAAGAGAGAAUGGAUAAAGAGACUGGGGAGACACAUUUUAUGAAUAAAUCUUAGAAGAAAGAUUAAAAUCAGAAAGAGAUUAACAUAUUUUCGAUGAACAAUAAGCUAUUUUAGAUUCUAAAGCUUAACAUUAUGCAACCUCCCCGGUAAAUCUUGAUAAUAGUGAAUAAAGCAAUAGAUAAUUUCAUUAAAGAACUGAAUUACAAUAAAUUCCUCAUCCGCUAUAAAAUAAUAAUUCUAAAGUUAUUAAUUAUCAAAUGUCCAAGCAAUAGUAAUAAAAUUUUAAGAAUGUUAAUGAAGAUAGUAAUAUAAACCAUCCAUAGCAAAAAAGAAUUUAUGUAAGAUGA